AUGACUAUCAGCCUCUUCGGCCUUCUCUCCCUCACCACCGCCCUCCCAACAAUCUUCGAUGCCCCCAUUUCGCUUGCAAUCCGCCCGGGCACCUCCGCCGACACGUGCAGAGUCCUUAUCUGCACCGGCCCAAAUUCCAGUGGGCAAUGUGUUGAUGUCACAGGCCCAAGUGCAGACUGCAUCUCCAUCGCCUCUGACAUUGGGGAGCAAUACUCCAACGACGCCUCUAGCUUCGUCAUCGAGGACGGAUGCAUUUGCACCCUCACCGAUAAUGCCUACUGCUACCAGACUGGCGGCGCUCGGUCGAUUCAUCUUUCCGGAAGCGGCUCGACGAACUUGGCUGAUUACGGCUUCGACUACCUACUGCAGAGUUAUAUCUGCAAUCGUUAGGCUAAGAGACCUUGGCGGAUCGAUUCAUAUGGGGCGUGGAUUUUGGAAAGACGAAGCACGAAUAUUGGAUGGCUGCGCUAAGACUUGUUGAGUGUCGGAGGGCAAAUUGAAUCGCAUUGGAAUUGCAAGCUUGGUCUGCCAAAAUUGGAUUCCAAUUCUACAGCGCCUCAUGUUUAGGACACUAGCACUCUCGAACCACGAACCUUCAAGUUACUGUUGCGAUAGCGUUUCAUUUUCACAAAAACAGUGGGUUCUCUUUCAAAUCAUCGGCUAUUCAACACUAUUCAACUUGCUUGAAAUCUGUUUUGCGUAACCGAAAAGAUUGUCCCAAAACAUAGACGUCCU